AGGUUCAUUAUUAUAUGUGGUAGUUCUAAGUUGUGUAUGAAAUAAAAUGGAUGCUGAUGAAAGCAUAGGUUUACUUGAAAGUAUUUUCAAGAAUCCAAUAAACAUUGGAUUAAUGAUGGUGUGUGGAUAUUUGCUGUACAAGAUUUGCAAAUCUAACUCUACAGAAGAUAACUUUGGUCCUCCUCCUGAGCCAGAGAUGCCAAAGAUGAAGAAGAGGGACAUGUCAAUCGAAGAGUUAAGGGAGUAUGAUGGGGUGGCACAUGAUGGGAGAAUACUAAUCGCUGUGAAUGGGAAAGUGUUUGAUGUUACGCGAGGAAAGAAAUUUUAUGGCCCAGAUGGGCCAUAUGGUGUGUUUGCUGGCAGAGAUGCAUCAAGAGGACUAGCUCAAUUUCGUUUGGACAAGGAAACAAUUAAAGAUGGUUAUGAUGAUAUUUCUGAUUUAAAUGCAAUGGAAAUGGAAAGUGUCAGGGAAUGGGAGAUGCAGUUUUCUGAAAAAUAUGAAUUUAUUGGGAAACUUCUAAAGCCAGGAGAAGAGCCGACUGAUUAUUCUGAUUUUAGUGAAGCUGAAACUGACAAAGAGAAAAGCAAAGACGAUUAAGAUAAUAAACUCAUUUCAUUUACCUUAACCUAUAAGCCCCGCCGCUGUUUGGUAAACUGCUUGGAGCUAUUGUCAUGUUUAUUUGUAGUUUACAAAAGCGCUUCUACUGCUUAAUAUUCUAAUGUAUUUCAAAGCAUAAUUACUCCAUAUUGGAUGCCAGGACCUUCUCCACAGGUUAAGACUUCCAUCAUCAGUGUUUUUGCUGCAUACUUACAUCAAAAGUAAAGUCCUGCAUGAUGAUGCAUCUUUGCUCCAUACAUUGUUUUAAUUGCAAACUGUGAUAUAAAGAUGGUUUAAUUAUUAAUUUAAACAACUCAAAGUCCAACCACACUGCACAGCUGUUGAUUGGCCAUUACAUCUGUGAUUUAUCUUCUGGCAAUACUUAACCUAGAGUUUGUAAAAAGAGAAAGAUUACCCAACUCAAAGAAGUGAAUUCUUGGGCUAUGGAUUAGCCAAUUUUACAAUUAUUGUUGUUAAUUUUAAACACUUUCUUUAAAACUUACUAAGGUUAUUUUAUUUUCCAUUGGCAACAAAAAAAUCUGCAAUCGAAAAUUUUUCAAUUUGUAAUACAUAUGAAUUUCAUCUUUUUUCAAAGUUUUAAACACCGUUUUACUCAGUUAAUUGCUGCCAUAUUAUUGUUUUGAAGCAUUCUAUUCCAAGGUCGUUAAUUGUAACUUUGUUUUUGUCCAAUUCUCCUAAACCAUGCCAAGUACAGUUACUUACUCCUUUAAGCAUUUUAUGUGCUUGUAAAUAUAACGUCAUUCUUUUUCCAUUAGUAAUGCAAACAAUCCAAUAGAAUUGUUUUGUAAAUAUCUGUUCAUUUUUGUGUAAUUUUCACACUUCCUGUUCGUACACCUUUGGAUGUUAAAAUUUGAACUUUUUCUUUAUAUUAAGCGUUUUAUUAAGUGGGUUAAAGUCAUGUUAUCUCUAUUAAAAUGUCAAAUAAUGCUUCUAGAC